UCGUUCGUUUAUGAAAUUGUUAUUGUUAAGUGAAAUAAUUAAUAAUGUUGUUGUACCUCGUCUGGUUCGUGGUGGUCGUAGCAGCCUUGGCGCUGUAUUAUAGACAAGUGUACACUAGGUUCUCCAAGUAUGGGGUGAAGCACUUCAGCCCAAUCCCGGUUGUGGGUAAUAUGGGAAGGAUUAUAUUGCGCGUUGAACAUUUCACAGACGACGUCCAAAGGAACUACGAUCAAUUUCCGGAGGAACGGUUUGUGGGAAGGUAUGAGUUUGUGAAGCCGGUGCUAAUGGUGAAGGAUCUUGAAUUGGUGAAGAAGAUAGCUAUUAAGGACUUCGAAUAUUUUUUGGAUCACAGAACAUUCGUGGAUGAAACUGUAGAUCCAGUGUUUGGAAGAAAUUUGAUCUCAUUGAAAGGUCAAGAGUGGAAGGAUAUGCGAGCAUCUCUGAGUCCAGCGUUCACCAGUUCGAAGAUACGACUUAUGGUGCCAUUUAUGGUAGAAGUUGGUGAUCAAAUGAUACAAGCUCUUAAAACCAAAAUCAGAGAUUCUGGAGUAAACUACGUCGACAUUGAGGCUAAAGAUCUAACGACCCGAUAUGCCAAUGACGUCAUCGCCUCUUGUGCAUUCGGACUCAAAGUAAACUCGCACAUGGACGAACAAAACGAGUUCUAUCAGAAGGGGAAGACAGCCUCCACAUUCGGGUUUAUUGAAACUCUGAAAUUCUUCUUUUUCAUCUCCUUCCCAAAGUUAAUGGCGAAACUAAAAGUAACACUAUUCAGCAAAGACACGACAAACUUCUUUCAAAAUCUGGUACUCGGUACAAUGAGAAAUCGAGAAGACCAAAAAAUUGUCAGACCGGAUAUGAUACAUCUGCUAAUGGAAGCCCAGAAAGGUAAAUUAACAUACGAUGAUAAAAUGGUACAAGACACUAAUGCAGGCUUUGCUACAGUUGAAGAAUCAUCAGUUGGAAAGAAAGUUAUAGACAGAGUAUGGACUGACACCGAUUUAGUGGCUCAAGCUGUUUUAUUCUUCAUCGCUGGCUUCGAGACUGUAUCCGCAGCGAUGUCAUUUGCCCUACACGAGUUGGCACUCAAUCCUGAAGUACAAGAGAAACUGGCACAGGAGAUAAAAGAGAAUGAUAUAAAAAACGGUGGGAAAUUCGACUACAAAUCCAUCCAAAACAUGACGUAUAUGGAUAUGGUAGUUUCAGAGGUGCUGAGAUUAUGGCCACCUGCAGUUGGUCUUGACAGGAUAUGCACCAAAGAUUACAAUUUAGGCAAACCCAACAGUAAAGCCACCGAAGACUAUAUUUUACGUAAAGGCGAAGGUAUUCUAAUCCCAACGUUCUCCCUCCACCGGGAUCCCGAGUUAUUCUCUAAUCCCUUAAAGUUUGAUCCAGAAAGAUUCUCCGAGGAGAACAAGGACAAAAUACAACCUCUAUCGUAUAUGCCAUUUGGAUUGGGUCCCAGGAAUUGUAUUGGUUCGAGAUUCGCUCUGUGUGAGGUGAAAGUGAUGCUGUACCAGUUGUUGCAACACAUGGAGAUAUCGCCGUGUGAGAAGACAUGUGUGUCGUCCCAGCUCGCCACAGACACAUUCAACUUGCGGAUCAAAGGAGGACACUGGAUGCGGUUGAAAAUCAGAUCAUACAACAAUAACAGCCACUAUGUAAUGGACAGUUGCGUACUACGUCGCGCAAUGUUGUUGUACCUCGUCUGGUUUGUGGUGGUCGUAGCAACCUUGGCGCUGUAUUAUAAACAAGUGUACUCCAGAUUCUCCAAGUAUGGGGUAAAGCACUUCAGCCCAAUCCCGGUUGCGGGUAACAUGGGAAGGAUUUUACUGCGCAUUGAACAUUUGACUGAUGCCAUCCAAAGAAACUACGAUCAUUUUUCGGAGGAAAGAUUUGUGGGAAGAUAUGACUUUGUGAAGCCGGUGCUAAUGGUGAAGGAUCUUGAAUUGGUCAAGAAAAUAGCUAUUAAGGACUUCGAAUAUUUUUUGGAUCACACAACAUUGGUGGAUGCAACAUUUUCUUCUUUACUUAUAUUUGUAACAAUAAGAUCAUUAGAUGAAUUGUUUUUUAAAGGUCAAGAGUGGAAGGAUAUGCGUGCAUCUCUGAGUCCAGCAUUCACCAGUUCGAAGAUACGGAUUAUGGUACCAUUCAUGGUAGAAGUUGGUGAUCAAAUGAUGCAAGCUCUUAAAACUAAAAUCCGAGGUUCAGGAGUCAACUACGUCGACAUUGAGGCUAAAGAUCUGACGACCCGAUAUGCCAAUGACGUCAUCGCCUCUUGUGCUUUCGGACUCAAAGUAGACUCGCACAUGGACGAACGAAACGAGUUCUAUCAGAAGGGGAAAUCCGCCGCCACAUUCGGAUUUAUUGCAAUUCUGAAAUUCUUUCUUUUGAUCUCCUUUCCAAAGUUAAUGGCGAAAAUAAAAUUAUCGCCAAUCAGCAAAGCUACGACAAACUUCUUUAAAAAUCUGGUACUCGGUACAAUGAAAAAUCGAAAAGACCAAAAAAUUAUCAGACCGGAUAUGAUACAUCUACUAAUGGAAGCCCAAAAAGGAAAAUUAAAAUACGAUGAUAAAAUGGUACAAGACACAAAUGCAGGCUUUGCUACAGUUGAAGAAUCGUCAGUUGGAAAGAAAGUUAUAGACAGAGUAUGGACUGACACCGAUUUAGUGGCUCAAGCUGUUUUAUUCUUCAUCGCUGGCUUCGAGACUGUAUCCUCAGCGAUGUCGUUUGCCCUACACGAGUUGGCUCUCAAUCCUGAAAUACAAGAUAAACUGGUACAGGAGAUAAAAGAGAAUGAAAUCAGAAACGGUGGGAAAUUCGACUACAAAUCCAUCCAGAAUAUGCCGUAUAUGGAUAUGGUAGUUUCAGAGGUGCUGAGAUUAUGGCCACCCUUAGUUCGUCUUGACAGGAUAUGCACCAAAGAUUACAAUUUAGGCAAACCCAACAGUAAAGCUACCGAAGACUAUAUUUUACGAAAAGGCGAAGCUAUUCUGAUUCCAACAUUCUCCUUCCACCGGGAUCCGGAAUUAUUCCCUAACCCCUUGAAGUUUGAUCCAGAAAGAUUCUCCGAGGAGAACAAGGACAAAAUACAACCUCUAUCGUAUAUGCCAUUCGGAUUGGGUCCCAGGAAUUGUAUAGGUUCGAGAUUCGCUCUGUGCGAGGUGAAAGUGAUGCUGUACCAGCUACUGCAACACAUGGAGGUAUCGCCGUGUGAGAAGACAUGUGUGUCGUCCCAGCUCGCCACAGACACAUUCAACUUGCGGAUCAAAGGGGGACACUGGGUGCGAUUAAAAAUCAGAUCAUAG